AUGCAGCAGCAGCAGUUUGUAAAUUUUCUAAAAGCGGGGUGUCCAUGUUCUUCAUCGCAUAAAUGUUGGAUCGAUGCCGAAUUACUGUUUCUUAUUGAUGUCAAAGUAGGCAACAAGAAAAAGGAUCAUGCAUCCGGUAAACAGGGUUGUGUAUGGACUUUCAGUGUCAAACUCAGAUAG